CAUGACCAAAUCUCAUGGAGCCAAGUGGACCCUGAACUUUAUGACUCUGAGGAAAGAAUCCUGCAUUUUCCAAUUUUUGCCCCGCGCCUGCAAAAAAAUAUCCUUUCUGCCCACCGAUAAGCGCUUAUCAAGCGGCGGCGAACCAAAUUCUCCCACUCUAGGAUUUCUAAAAGUCACUGAACAUCAUUCAUUUCCACCCAAACAACACCAUCAAAUUUCACACGACAUCGUUGCCCAACAUGUCGAUGGAUCUGGAUGACCAGCCUAUCUCUAUAGCCCCUGUCUCUCAGCAGCAGGGCUCUGCUACUAUUCUCUGCUGCAACUGCGGUGCCCCGAUCGAUGGAACCGCCUCCAGCGGCGCUCUCUGCUACGACUGUAUCAAGCUUACUGUCGACAUUUCCCAAGGCGUCCAGCGAGAGGCGACGCUCAACUUCUGCCGAGAUUGCGACCGAUGGCUCAUGCCCCCCAACAGUUGGAUCGUUGCCGCCCCCGAAUCCCGCGAAUUGUUAGCCAUGUGCCUCAAGAAACUUCGAGGUUUGAACAAAGUCCGUAUCGUGGACGCGAGCUUUAUCUGGACCGAGCCUCACUCGCGACGAGUAAAGGUCAAGAUCACAAUCCAGGAUUCCGUCCAAGAUGGUAUGCUGCUUCAACAGAGUUUCGAGGUUGUGUAUGUGGUGGCGUACCAGCAGUGCCCUGAGUGUGCCAAGUCGUACACUGCCAACGUUUGGCGAGCUGCUGUUCAAGUUCGUCAAAAGGUCCUUCACAAGCGAACUUUCCUUUUCCUCGAGCAGCUUAUUAUGAAGCACGGCGCACACAAAGAUACACUCAACAUUCGGGAGGCCAAGGAUGGUAUCGACUUCUUCUUCGCCCAAAAGAACCAGGCUGAGAAGUUCAUCGACUUCCUCAACUCUGUGGUGCCUGUCAAGGUGAAGGCGUCGCAGGAGCUUAUCUCUCACGAUACCCACACCUCUAAGUCGUCGUACAAGUUCACAUAUUCGGCCGAGCUGGUGCCUAUAUGUAAAGACGACUUGGUCGCUCUGCCUAUCAAGAUGGCCAAGCAAAACGGCAACAUCUCACCUCUCCUCCUCUGCCACAAGAUCGGUACCUCUGUGUACCUGUUGGACCCUCAGACCCUUCAGACUUGCGAUAUCAGCUCACCCAUCUAUUGGCGAGCUCCUUUCCUAUCUCUCACCGAUACGCAUGAGCUCGUUGAGUUCAUUGUCAUGGAUAUCGACCGCACAGCAACCCAGAAGGGCAAGUGGACGCUUGCCGAAGCCACAGUCGCUCGUGCCUCAGAUCUUGGUUCAAAUGACCGAACAUACUUCACAAGGACUCACUUGGGUCGACUCCUCCAGCCCGGUGAUUCUGCUAUGGGUUACCUGAUGGCCGGAACCGUUUUCAACAACACCGAAUACGAGAAGAUCGAGAGCUCGAACACAUACUCAUCGAGAAUCCCUGACGUGGUGCUAGUCAAGAAGCACUAUCCCCGCCGCAGAAAGAACCGCAAGAGAAACUGGCAGCUCAAGCGUAUGGACAAGGACGAGGGAGAGCUUCUUCCCAAGAAGGCAGACCAAGAACGCUUGGAUCAAGAGUACGAGCAGUUCUUGCGAGAUGUCGAGGAAGACGAGGAGCUCCGUGCUACGCUCGCCCUGUAUAAGGCUAAGAAGAGAGCCGAGGAGGAGAUGAGUGUGGCUGAGACUGAGGAGGAUGAUGAGGCACCUCACGUCGAUAUGAAUGAGUUGCUGGAUGACUUUGAUGAGCUUACAAUGGAGGAUCGGCCAAUGCAAGAAUAGGGCUUACAUGAAUGAAAAGAACUGAUUUGAUUUCCAUGCAAUAGGGCUCUGUUGGGCCACCGUUGAGAUUUCGUGAUGGUGAAUGUGCUCAGAGGAAUGAAGGAAUAUCGUCGAGUGAGGAUUUAGAGGGUGUUUUCUCUUCCGUUUUGCGGAACUGUUCCCUUGACUUUUGGCGCUGAAUUCUUCGUUUGUUGAUCCCAAAAGGAUCGUCAUCAUCGAUGUGUUCUUGAGCAUCGCGGCUUUUGGUUAUCUUACGUGCUUCGCUUCCUCCAGGUGCUGUUGUUGGUCGCUUAACGCUAGAGCCCGACCUUGAAGUUGUGUUCAUAGCUGAUUUCAGUGUGCGAGGAGUACUAAAUGCUGUUCGUGGAGUUGAUCGUGGCAUGGCUGGACUGGAUGUAUGCGUCGUGCGUGCUGCCUUUGUAGCUGCGGUGCGUGAGGGCGUAGUUGGAUCCAAGUCAUCUCCAUCAUCGGUCUCAUCGUCAUCGCCCAAAGAGAUCUGCCUCCUCUUUGCUGAAGAUGAAUUGGAUCCUUGCUUUAACCGUAGCGGGCUAAUCUUCUGUGAAUUGAAACCCGCCGAAGCUCUCGUUGCUGCGGUAUCAGCUAGACCUGUUGAUAUCCACUUGUGCUCCUUUCUGGGACUCUCCAUGAGACCUUGCAGACUUGACCCUACGUAAGGGGAGUCCUUCUUCUCAUUUGCGUCAUUACCUAAAAGCUUGCGCUGUUUGGCAUUGCGGCGUACGUCCUCCUGACGAUGUCGUGUAAGGAGGGUUGGCGCGCCGACUACAGGCCUUUCAAUCUCACGGAUUGUGUCUGCGUUUUGGUGUUUAGCCAAAUUCUUCAAACGAUUGUAUUCAGAAGCAUGAAUGUGAAGUGUGAAUUGGUGAGCCAUGUUGACGAAUUCGUC